UCUGUCUCACCACCCCCAGACUGUUUUUCUCUCUCAUUUCUCCCUUCUCCUGAAAAUCAAACUAAUCUUGCGGCUACUUCAACCUUCGCAGCUACAAGUAACCCAGUAUUCCAUAUUGAAAAUCCUAUAAUUUGUUAGGGAAAAGCAUUUAGGGAGUAAGUAGUGGGGAAUGGAAGAAGCACCGUUGUCACCAGCAAGGGAAGAGAGGGUAUGGAAACCGACUAUAGGACGGGGUGCCUUUGCGGAAGAGCUGAAGAGGUUGAGCUUCUUGGCAGCACCGAUGGUGGUGGUUACAGUGUCACAGUAUCUGUUACAGGUUGUGUCGCUGAUGAUGGUAGGACAUCUGGGUGAACUUUCACUCUCCGGUGUCGCUAUAGCCGUCUCUUUCACCAACGUCACUGGCUUCAGUCUUCUUUUUGGAAUGUCUGGUGCUUUGGAAACUCUAUGUGGGCAAGCUUAUGGGGCAGAGCAGUACCAGCAACUCGGGAUAUAUACUUACUGUGCAAUACUUUGUCUUACAUUGGUUUGUCUGCCGGUAUCUCUACUCUGGAUAUUUGUCGACAAAGUGUUGGCACUGCUUGGCCAAGACCCUUCAAUCUCACUUGAAGCUGGAAAAUACUCAAUUUUUCUCACUCCGGCACUAUUCGGCUUUGCCGUUCUCCAAUCGUUGGUUCGCUACUUCCAAUCUCAAGGCUUGAUCAUUCCAAUGCUCUUUACCUCUUGCGCAACGAUAUGCUUCCAUGUUCCUCUUUGUUGGGCUUUGACUUUUAACUUUAAACUGGGAAUUAUUGGAGCAGCUUUAGCUAAUGGUUUAUCGUAUUGGUUCAAUGCAACCAUGCUUGGAUUAUACAUAAGGUAUUCUUCAGCUUGUGAGAAAACCCGCAUCUCGUUUUCGAAGGAUGUUUUCCGAAGCGUUAGGGAGUUCUUUCGCUUUGCUAUCCCCUCUGCUGUGAUGGCUUGUCUUGAAUGGUGGUCAUGUGAACUGCUUGUACUGCUUUCUGGGCUUUUUCCAAAUCCGACAAUUGAAACCUCUGUUCUUUCUAUAUGCCUUUCGAUAAUGACACUGCACUACUACGUUCCAUAUGCUGUUGGUGCUGCUGCAAGCACUCGGGUUUCAAAUGAACUAGGAGCUGGGAAUCCACAAGUAGCACGAUUAUCUGUCAGUGCUGCGAUGUUUCUUGGAGCCAUAGAGAUAGUCACUGUGGGCACAACUCUUUUUUGCUGCCGUUCUGUCUGGGGGUAUGCUUACAGCGAUGAAAAGGAAAUUGUGGAUUAUAUGAAAGGAAUGACUCCAUUACUCUGUUUAUCGGUAAUCAUGGACACCUCACAAACUCUGCUUUCUGGGGUUGCUAGAGGAAGUGGGUUGCAACAUAUAGGCGCCUUUGUCAACCUUGGAGCAUAUUACUUGGUUGGAAUACCAGGGGCUGUUGUAUUGGGUUUUGUUCUACAUUUAAGAGGGAAGGGCCUAUGGAUUGGGAUAUUGGCUGGCUCUACUGUACAAGCAGUCAUGCUCGCUCUGGUUACAACCUUCACAAAUUGGCAGAAACAGGCGACCAAGGCAAGGGUGAGGAUAUUUCAGGGAACAAUACCUGCUGAGACUCGAUUAGUUUGAGUUAUACAUAUGACAUAUUUAUAUAUUGAGAAAUAGCUUUAAAUCCUUGAACAUUUUGG